ACCGUGGGGGGGGUCCUGAGAACAUCUUAUAAACCGGAUUGCACUGAGCGGAGGGGAAAAAAAGGAAAAAAAAAGAUACAAAAUAUACAAGCAAAAGGCAACAACUCCCCGGUCUCCAGCAGUUGCCCACCCUCCCUUCCCUUCUCUCCUGCUGGCCAUCUGCCUUGGGUUUUCCUUUGUGUCUGAUCUUUUACUACUGAGCCGAGCGCAGGAGGAGGGUGCAGCGCUCGCAGGGACUAUGCCCAGCUCGCUUUUCGCAGACAUGGAGAGGAACGGGAGCGGCGGCGGCGGCGGCGGUGGCGGUGGUGGCGGGGGAGAGACCCUGGAUGACCAAAGAGCCCUCCAGAUCGCCCUGGAUCAGCUCUCCCUGCUGGGGCUGGACAACGACGAGACGGGCUCCAUUUACGACAGCGAGCCUCGGAAAAAGAGCGUGAACAUGACCGAGUGCGUCCCGGUGCCCAGCUCGGAGCAUGUCGCGGAGAUAGUGGGGAGACAAGGUUGUAAAAUCAAAGCUCUGCGGGCAAAGACCAACACCUACAUCAAGACCCCGGUUCGCGGGGAGGAGCCGCUCUUUGUUGUGACGGGCAGAAAGGAAGAUGUGGCCAUGGCCCGCAGGGAAAUCAUCUCAGCGGCCGAGCACUUCUCCAUGAUCCGAGCAUCACGGAACAAGAACACAGCCCUGAACGGCACUGUCCCCGGCCCCCCGAACCUGCCCGGCCAAACCACCAUCCAGGUGCGGGUGCCUUAUCGCGUGGUGGGCUUGGUUGUGGGGCCCAAGGGGGCCACCAUCAAGCGCAUCCAGCAGCAGACGCACACCUACAUUGUGACCCCGAGCCGGGACAAGGAGCCAGUCUUUGAGGUGACGGGCAUGCCCGAGAACGUGGACCGGGCCCGGGAGGAGAUCGAGGCGCAUAUCGCUAUGCGCACCGGCGGCAUCAUCGAGCUGACGGACGAGAACGACUUCCACGCCAACGGCACGGAUGUGGGCUUCGAGCUAAACGGCACCGGCAGCCUCUGGAGCAAGCCAACGCCACCCAGCAUCACGCCCACCCCAGGCCGCAAGCCCUUCUGCAACUACCGCAACGACAGCUCCAGCUCGCUGGGCAGCGCCUCCACCGACUCCUACUUCGGCGGCGGCACGGGGGGGGGCGGCGGCGCCCGCCUGGCCGAUUACAGCCCCCCGAGCCCGGCGCUGAGCUUCACCCACAACGGUAACAACAACAACAACAGCGGCAGCGCCAACGGCUAUGUGUACGGCGGCGGCGGCGGCGCCGGCGACGUCCUCUCCUCCCCGGACUGCUGCUCCGAGCUGCCGUUCGACUCGCCGCCCGGCUUCGACCUGGCGCCCGCCCCGCCGCCGGGGGCCGCGCUCCUCUGGCCGCAGUUCGAGCGCGGCCCCGCCGCGCCCCCCUCGCCCGCGCCCUCGCCCGCCACCGCCUUCCCGGGCGCCGCGCCCGCCAAUGCCAACCUGGCGCUGCUGGUGAGCGGCCCCCGGCGCGGCGGCGGCGCCCCGCCCCCGGCGCGGCUCUCCCCGCCCCUGCACGGCGGCGCGGCGGGGCCCGAGCACCCGCUGGCGCGGCGGGUGCGCAGCGACCCCGGCGGGCGGCUGCUGGCCGGCUCCUACCCGCUGUACGGCAACGGGCUGGGCGCGCACCUGCCGGGGCUGCCCUCCGACUCGUCCGGCUCCUCCUCCUCCUCGUCCAGCUCCUCGUCCAGCUCCUCCUGCUCGUCGUCCGGCGUGCGGCGGAAGGGCAGCCGCGACUGCUCGGUGUGCUUCGAGAGCGAGGUGAUCGCGGCGCUGGUGCCCUGCGGCCACAACCUCUUCUGCAUGGAGUGCGCCAACCGCAUCUGCGAGAAGACGGAGCCGCAGUGCCCCGUCUGCCACAGCGCCGUCACCCAGGCCAUCCGCAUCUUCUCCUGAGGGCCGGGAAGCGCAGGGCAGGGCCGGGCUGAAGCCGGUCGCACCGGGGCCCGCGAAGGGGGUGCGGGCUGCGAGCGAGGCGCGGCCGAGGGAGGGCGGGGGGUGGUGGUGGUGGUGACAGCGGGUGCAUGCUAUAAAUAAUAACGGGCGACUCCAUUCUAGUGCUAGGCUAGUUUUUACACUGUACUUUAAUACGAAGCUUCCAAAACUCCCCCUUUUUUUAUAAACAAACAAAAGAAAAAACAUAGAAAAAAAAAUACUGAAAGUAGAAGAUGCAUAUGAUGAUGACAAUGGUGUGUGGACUGUUAGUAAACCGUGCUGGUAGUUCCUAGGAUGCUUAUUAUGAAAUAAUUAAAUCUAUGGGUGGAUACUUUUCUGAAUGUUCUUGAAAGGGCAAGAAGUUCCUGUGAAAAAAACCAUGAUACUGCAGCUUUAUCAAAGUUUAAAAAAGAAAAAAAAAAAACCACAAACUGUAACAUAUCUCUUAUAUAUAUUAAAAACGUUUAAAGGUUUUAAAGAUAAAUUGCAUUAAUACAGAUUGAAGUAUUUUAUUCUUUUUUGACUUGAAAAAUUAUAUUUCAUAUUGCAAAGAUGUUUACAAGUAUUUUAAUUUAAGUUCAGUGAACUUUUUGUAGCUGGGUUAAAUCUUUUUUAUUUUAGUAUGGCCUUAUGGCAAAGAACACUGUAUUAUUUUAAUAUCACACAAUUGUGAACGGAAUUACAAACCAUAAAAUGUGUAAUGCUUUGAACAGUAUUCUGUUGGGAUGGAGAUUUUAUAGGUUCAGAAAAAAAAAUCUUUUAGAUCUGCUUCACCCAGCAUAUUUUCUAUUCAGUGAUAUAAAGCAUAUUUUAUUCUAUAUUAUUACAAAAAUGGAAAUGUAUAAACAUAUGUCAAAAGGAACUGUUGAAGCUUUCUAACAUUUGUAUAAAUAGAAUUCAGUGGAAAUUACAAAAAUUCUGUUGCACCACUAUAGUUUUAGUAUUUCUAUUUUAAUACAUUUGUUUACCACUUGUUUAUGUAUAUGUAGGUGACGUUACUUGAGCUUAAAUGUACUUUACUGAGCAAAGUUUAAAAAACAAAGUAUAUUUUAUUUUAUGAUAAAGGGCCUUUAACCUCAUGGUCAAAUACUAAUAUUAUAUUUGCUGAGACAAGAUUUGAAAUUGUAUCAAGAGUUUUAUUUUUCUGACAUUUAAAGUUCUACAUAAUAAAAGUAAAACUUAAGUAAUGGUGCUACUUCAUGUUUUUUUAAGUAUUUCUAUAUAAAUAAAAUAAAAUAUUACAGAAAAAAAAAAGAAGUGCUCUGUGUCGUGAUUUGAUGAGAUGUGCUGAGAGUUUCUUCUGGAAUAUUUCGUUCCCUGCUUGUAGCACUGAAACAUGUUGGGAGUUCAAACUCUGUCAUGUUAAUGUUGCUGGAACUCUUUAGCUUGUGAAAGCUUCCAGAAGAAUCCUGCCAGCGAUUCAGCGAUCAUACCUUAGAACAUGUUUUUAAGGGAAAAAAAAUGACUUGUGUUUUUGUAAUGUGUGGUACAUUGCUGAGCUUAUUCCACAUCUAAAAGUAAGAUUUUUUUCUCAGAAUUUUUAGUCAUGAAAAAUACUUGUUGGUGUGUGAAUUGUUACCUUUAAGUAAAGCCUGUGUAAGAAGCAGAACCGGCAGCUUUGGUGUGUACAAACUGCCGUAGCAGGGGUGGCUCUGCUGUUGGCUGUGUUCUGUAAAACUCAUGCCUGGGGACCUCCCAACACUGCCCAGACCUGGUGUUUAGUUCUACAGUGGAGCCAGGGCUUCAGCUGCCUUCCUGAGUGCUUGGAAGUGCUGCUUGGUGUUUGAUGGUUGUGGUUCAGGUAAUUGGUGUUGACAAGCUUAUUUGAAUACAAAAUUUAUUGCCAUAUAAAGUUUGUUUGCUUUUGAUGGUACCUGCAGUGGUGUUGGGGUGAAGGAAGUACAGAGAGCUUGUUAGCUUUCUGACUAACGAGCCUACGAACCCACCAGGCAAACCCCGCAAUAUUUUUGUUGCUGAUUGUAGUCAACGUGUUUGAAUGAACUUGCUGGAUAGAGCGUGUCAGAGCAUAUUUCAGGAGGUAGCUGCAGAUCACUUUAAAUGUUGGUUUUGUGCAUGUGCCGGUGCACUUCUCAGCAGGAGAGUGCAAACAGCAAAACAAGCCCUAAACUGUAGCGUAUUUCAUACGUCCUACUUUGUGCUUAGCAGUGUGUGCCAGAGCUGCUCUGCUCCGAUCUCCUUUAUGGACUCCAGAGCUGCUGGUUGGGUGGGAAGGGGGAGGAGGGAGGAUGCGGCAGGGGAUGAUGGGAUCUCUUUGUUUGAUUUGAUCUGAUUUUUGCUUCUUUCAUUGAACUGUGAUUGUGGUAUCAUCUGAUUUAUAGAGUUAAAAUCUCUCACUUGAGUGUUGCAUUUGUGUCAGGAAGCUUGUCAUUUUGAAUGAUGGG